AUGUCCAAAACAGACGUUGAGGACGUUCCAAAUGACGAUCCAUAUGCCUUAAAAAACGCUCCCUACCUGAAACCGAGCAAAGACUACAAAUACAAGGAAAAGGUGCUCGUUUUCGCAAAUAGAGGCAUUACAAACCUCGGAAGGCAGCUUUUAAACGAUUUAAAGUCUUUGCUUCCUCAUCACAAGGCAGAAUCAAAAUGGGAGAAGAGAGUCUCAUACGCCGAAAUCAACGAAAUUUGCGAAAUAUCAAGCUGCUCAAGUGUGGUUUUCAUAGAGUCCAAAAAGAACGAGAUGAUCCUCUGGGUCGCCAAGUCCCCGUACGGGCCAACGCUAAAGGCUAGGAUCACAAAUAUCCAUACCCUCAAGGACUCGACUUUUUUUGGAAAUUGCCUCGCAAGGUCCAGACCACUAUUGACCUUUGACAAGUCAUUCAGCGAGCUUCCGCACCUCAAGCUCAUUCAGACGCUCUUUACUCAGGUCUUUGGAACCCCAAACAACCAUCCAAAGAGCAUGCCAUUCCACGAUCACUGCCUCUCCUUCUUUUACCUGGAUAAUCACAUCUACAUGAGACACUACCAGAUAUCGCCAGAGAAUGAAUUCUCAAUCAAUAAUCCAGACAGACAGAUGCUAACUGAAAUCGGACCUCAAUUCGCACUGGAAGUCAUCCUACUCCUCAACGGGAGCUUCAACGGAAUCACCCUCUGGAGGAAUCCAAACUACCUAUCGCCAAUUGUUGUAAGUUCUACAGCAUUAAACACGUUGCAUAAACAGAUGCGCAAGUACAAAAUGAAUGCAGAAGCCGAAAGGUACAAGAAACGACAAAAGUUCAAAGACGUAAGUCCACAUGUUCCCGCACAAGUUGUUUCAGAUGAAACGAGAAGAAAAGGAAGAGAGAGAAGAUCCUCUAUCCAACGCAAAUGUCUUUGCAGCUCCAUAAAUCGCCUAACUUUUGUACCAUUCACUCUAUAUACAUUUUACUUACUCUACUCCAUGGCUCAUACUACAAAGGAGAAUAGAGACGUUUAUUACCGAAAAGCCAAGGAAGACGGAUAUCGAGCCCGUAGCGCCUACAAGUUGCUACAAAUAUUCAAGGCACAUGGGAUUUUCUAUCCUCUAGUGGAUUCUAACGAAGCAAAAGCUAUCAUACUGAACCACAAGUGUGUCUUUCAAGGUAGUAGAUCCGUACAGUGCACGUCCAUUGGAAGAAUAAGGAAUGUCAUCGAUCUUUGCGCCGCUCCAGGCAGUUGGAGCCAACUUGUUAGGAAUUUAGUCAAUUAUGACUAUCUGUCAUUCAAAACAGCCGUAGAUUCCCUGGAUUCAGGCUCUAUAUGUAGCAGAGUAAGAGAUUACUGCAACACUAAACCCGUAAUCGUAUCAAUUGACCUACAGGAAAUCGCUCCCAUCAACGGAGUCUACACCCUUAAAGGAGAUAUCACCGAUAAGAAGGUCCUGGACCAAGUACGUGACCUAUUCGUCGACAAUAUCAGCAAGAAUAUCGCAAAAGUAUCCAAAGACUCAAACAUCGAAGCUGGAGCUCAGCUCAUCACCUGCGAUGGAGCUCCUGAUAUCAGUGGAUUGCAUGAAACUGAUGCUUUUGUGCAGUCUGCACUCAUAAGAGCAUCGCUUUGUGUCUGCUGCUCGAUCCUGGAUGCCAAUGGAACGUUUGUUUGCAAGACUUUCUUCAACUCCACAGAAUCUCCAAUAUUCAGACAAGUCAGCAUAUUCUUUGAUGAAUGUACAAUCUUUAAACCUUCCGCAUCUAGGAUGUCUAGCUCCGAACACUUUAUCGUUGCAAAGGGAUUUAAGCCUCUUGGAAAAUUGAGGGCCAUAAAGGAUCCAGAAACUUCUAAUUUCCAAGAGAAUAUUCCAGAAAGUCUAUUCCUUGGACCCUUAAUGCAGUGCGGUGAUCUAAGCGGAUAUGAUAAAGUAAUUAAACUCUUAGAGUAA